UUCAUAUCCAUACAUUCAUCCUGCUUUGGUUUAGCGUGCCAAAUUUCCAAUUGUUUUUCUUCAUUCGUUGUCAAUUAUGUGCAUUCUCCGUUUAGCUACUCCCUUCGGUUUUUUUUUAUAUAUAUAUAUAAUCCAUAAAUUCUAUAUUAGUAUAUUUUAAAUUUAUUAUCACCAGAUAUUAACGUUCUGGGUUGAUCCCUAAUCGGUUGGUAAUCGGCGACCCAUAAUCUCAUCAACACUUCCGGACGGCAAAUCCAGUUCUCUGACUUUUGGCGGUCAAAGACAUUACUGAACGUUCGAAAAUGCCCCCUUCUAGGCCUAAUGCCGUCAGGAUAGCCGUGCAACUGAGCAGGGGUAAAUUUGUCAUUCAAGUACCAGAGGCUGUUCAAAACAAUAUUUAGUGGGAGUAUUUUAUUUGCAGCCAAGCAUAUUUUCCUAAAGAACAAAGUUAAGCACCUUAUUUCUCCGCGCGUAAAGAUCAGUCGCUAGGGCUUUUUCCCUCAAGGCGAGAUUUCGCAAGAUUGUGAUUCAAGCUAUGUACGGAUCGAGGGGGGCAAUGUUGGGGAGCGGGGGGGUUUCGGACGGGUACGAGAUCGGCUCAAAGAGACCAAGAAUGAUGGAAUCAAAUCCCUACUUCGCAGUGAGCAGCGGUCCAAGUGGUUUUCAACCCUAUGGCUUCAGCAGUGGACCCGUGAUGUUUCCAGUGGUUCGUCUCAGAGGCCUUCCCUUUGACUGCUCUGAUAUUGAUGUUUUCAAGUUCUUUGCUGGGCUUGAUAUUGUGGAUGUAUUCCUGGUAAGCAAGGGUGGGCGAUUUUCUGGAGAAGCUUUUGUUGUCUUUGCAUCUCCUGUGCAGGCUGAAUAUGCUCUCCAGAGAGAUCGGCAGAAUAUGGGAAGGAGAUAUGUUGAAGUUUUCAAGUGUAAGAAGCAGGAUUAUUAUAAUGCUAUUGCAGCUGAUGUACACUAUGAAGGUAGUUAUGAUGAUUACCGAGGAUCAUCACCUCCAACGCGUCCAAGAAGGUCCCUAGACAAGGAUAAGUUGGACUACACAGAAGUACUGAAGCUACGUGGCCUUCCUUACUCUGUCAAGAAAUCAGAGAUUGUGAAAUUUUUUGGAGAUUUUAAUCUCACUGAAGAUAAGGUACACAUUGGAUACCGGCAUGAUGGAAAAGCUACCGGAGAGGCAUUCGUUGAGUUUGCUUCAGCUGAGGAGGCUAAGAAGGCUAUGCGAAGGGACAACAAACUGAUUGGCUCACGUUACAUAGAGCUUUUUCCUUCGACACCUGAUGAAGCCCGACGUGCAGAGUCAAGAUCAAGACAGUGAUUAGAGAAAUAUCUAGAAGCUUGUUUUUCUAAAGUGGUAGCUGAUGUAUUAGUAGCGUGGUUUUACUUUUUAUCUCAUACAUUGAUUUCAUAUAUAUGAGAUAUCUGUAUCCUCCUUUUUCAAUUGAUGUAUGUCUCUGACAAUUUCGGUUUGGAUGUCAUUGUGUUAUGGGAUAAUCUUUCGAUUUGCGAAUUGUGAUUUGGGUAAGAACUGAGAGCGCUUCAGUGACAAAAACUGCUGUACAAAUCAGUUUUAAAAGAAAGAAAAAUAAACUUAAUCGUGC